CAUUAAUCAUUUGAAACGACAAAACAGAACUGAGUCCACACACAAAUCUUGUCACUCCAAUACAUAUGGACUAGAUUCUCCCCUUUUACGUAGCCAAAUGAACUCCACAAGCUACUUUCACUACUUGCUCUCAUAUAUGGGCCCUUACAACUAAGAUCAAUAUUUUCCACUCUCUCUGUCUCCAAACUAUGCAUUCUUUCCUUAAUAUGUGAAAAAGAGCAAAAACACAGUUAGGAAACACUGUUUUCAUUUCUUUCCUAAAAUGAGUCAGUGUGUUCCUAGUUGGGAUGUUGAUGAAAAUCCACAACCACCUCCAAGAUCAGUCUCUCUUCGUUCCAACUCUAAUUCAACUAAUCCUCAUGAUGUUCCCAUGUUAGACUAUGAUGUUGCAGAAUUGACAUGGGAAAAUGGACAGAUUUCUAUGCAUGGCUUAGGGUUACCGAAAGUGCCGCAUAAACAUCCAUCAACCGCAGGUACAACACCUUCCAAGGAAACAUGGGAAAAGCCUCGUGGUAGUGGUACCUUGGAGUCUAUAGUGAACCAAGCCACAAGCUUUCCGCACCGCGGAAAAUCACCCUUUCUCGCCGGUGGUGGUGUUUAUGGAAACAUGUUAGUCCCAUGGCUUGACCCACAACGAGCGGCAGCCAUCGCAGCCGCCACAGCCGCCUCCAACGGCAUGGCUGUGGAUGCGUUGGUUCCCUGCUCCAAUACUACUAAGGAGCAGAGAACCCAUGCAAUGGAUCCAGUCCCUAGAUCAGGGAUUGGAUCAUGCAUGGUUGGCGGCCAUACACCCGUGGGAUCCUGCAGUGCUGUCGUGGCCGCAACGCAAGACGAAGGAGGUAUCCUUGCUGCGUCAGCGGCAAAGCGUGGGAGGGUGGCACACGUGGCGGGGAGCGGUAGGGACCAAAGUAUGAGUGGCAGUGCAACCUUUGGGAGGCAGAGCCAGCAAGUGACACUUGAUACGUACGAUAGGGAAUUUGGUAUGACUGGUUUCACUUCAACUUCAAUAGCUUCUAUGGAUAACACCAGCUCUGAGAAGCAGUGCACCAGGACCACCACCAUAGACGACCAUGAUUCUGUUUGUCACAGUAGACCACCGAGGGAAGAAGCUGACGUGGAUGAGAAAAAGAGAGAAAAUAGAAAAUCAUCAGUCUCCACAAAAAGGAGUAGAGCUGCAGCUAUACACAACCAAUCUGAAAGGAAAAGGAGGGAUAAGAUAAACCAGAGAAUGAAGACAUUGCAAAAGUUGGUCCCAAAUUCCAGCAAGACCGAUAAAGCUUCAAUGUUGGAUGAGGUGAUAGAAUAUCUGAAACAAUUGCAAGCACAAGUGAAUAUGGUGAAUAGAUUCAACAUGUCAUCGAUGAUGAUGCCGAUGACAAUGCAACAACAACUUCAAAUGUCAAUGAUGAAUCCAAUGGGCAUGGGAAUGGGGCCGAUGGGAAUGCCCGGGAUGGGCAUGGGUAUGGGAAUGGGCAUGGGAAUGGAUAUGAACACCAUGAAUCGCGCUAACAUACCUGGAAUGCCGCCCGUACUCCACCCUUCUGCAUUCAUGCCUAUGCCUUCGUGGGAUGCCGGCGGUGGUGACCGACUUCAAGGCCCUCCAGCAGCCGGGAUGGCUGACCCCCUCUCCACAUUUUUUGGUUGCCAAUCACAGCCUAUGACCAUGGAUGCUUAUAGUAGGAUUGCUGCCAUGUAUCAACAGAUGCAACAACAACCUCCAGCACCAGGUUCAAAGAAUUGAUCUGAAUGCUAAUGUUCUAGUUGUGUGUUAAUUAGCAGCAACCAUAAUAUAUCAUCUGAAUUUAUUUUUUGUGAGUAACUAAAAUGUAUAUUAGCUCCAAUACAAGUAUGAGAAUAAAUAUACUGCCUUGGGGUGUGUAACUUAUAAAAAUUAAUUACAUGCCUUUUUUUGUUGUUUUAUUUUCAAUA